AUGUCAGCACCACCAACUGGCCAGAAUUUAUUGCGUUCUUCUGCAUUAGAAUGCAAGGAUUUACACGAGUAUUUAAAAAGCAGACCUCCGGAGAUCUUGAACAGACUUUACCAUAACCCGCCAAUUUGUCUGGCGGUGUUCCGUGAGCUUCCGACGAUAGCGAGGCACUACGUAAUGAGGCUGAUGUUCGUCGAGCAACCAGUUCCUCAGGCUGUAAUAGCAUCCUGGUGCUCGAAGCUCCACUCCGACGAUCACCGGAACGUCGUCCAGGUUCUCAACGAAUUAAAUGUCUGGAAAGAGGCUUCAAUCCCUGGAGGCAUGCCGGGCUGGACGUUGAACUCUACGUUCAAGAAAAAUCUUAAAAUUGUUCUAAUAGGAGGCGGCAAGCCUUGGACUAUGUCCACCCAAAUGGAGACUGAUAAUAAGCCGAGAGAUGAAGCUUUUCUAGAUUCUUAUGCUAUACAGAGGUGGGAAUGUCUUUUGCAUUACAUGGUAGGGUCGUCAGACCAGCAAGGAAUCUCUGCUGACGCUGUAAGGAUUCUGUUACACGCAGGACUUAUGAACCAAGAGAGUGAUGGGAGUCCUGUUAUUACUAAAGCUGGUUUUCAAUUUUUGCUACUUGAUACAGCUUCACAAGUCUGGUAUUUUAUUUUACAAUACUUGGACACCAUUGAAGCACGAGGUCUUGAUCUCGUAGAAUGUCUAACAUUUUUGUUUCAAUUAAAUUUUUCUAUACUUGGUAAAUAUUAUAGUACAGAAGGUAUGUCUGCAAAUUUGCUGACAUUUUUGCAACACUUACGAGAGUUUGGACUUGUUUUUCAACGUAAUAGAAAAUCAGGAAGAUUUUAUCCUACGCGAUUAGCGUUAAAUAUUGCCACGGGAAAAAAUAAACCAAUGGCUCGAGAUAUUGAAAAAGAAGGAUACAUUGUUGUUGAAACAAACUACAGGGUAUAUGCUUAUACUUCUUCACAAUUACAAGUCGCUCUGCUUGGUCUUUUCUGUGAAAUGCUGUACAGGUUUCCAAAUUUAGUUGUAGCAAUAUUAACUCGUGAUUCAGUAAGACAAGCUCUAAAAAGUGGUAUAACGGCACUCCAAAUAAUAGGAUUUUUGCGUCAACAUGCCCACGGUAAAAUGAUUGAAGCAGGUCCACCGACGCUACCUCCAACAGUUGUCGACCAAAUAAAACUAUGGGAAAACGAGAGAAACAGGUUUACUUUCAGCGAAGGCGUUUUAUAUAGCCAAUUUUUAUCACAAACUGAUUUUGAAACAUUACGAGACCAUGCUUCAUCAACCGGUGUACUUAUUUGGCACAAUGACAGAAAACGAACGAUGGUCGUCGCUAAAGCUGGACAUGAUGAUGUUAAAAGAUAUUGGAAGCGCUUUUCAAAAACUUCUAAUUAA